AUCUCCUUUAUUCAUACUCUACAUUCAUAACUAGACAUACCAUUGUUGUAAAAUUAUCACUUCUAUCUUAAUUACUCUUUUGGAAUCAUUAUUUGUCAUUUUAUUUAAAGUGUCGUAUUUUUCUUUCAGAGUGAGAAUUGAAAUCAAAAAUAUUUCACAGUUAAACGUAAACAAACCAUCCAACAUCGAACUGAUUCAUAAUACUUGACAUAACAAUGACAUCUAAUGGAGUCAAUGGUAAUGGUGAUGCCACAUCAUCAUCAAAACUUGCCCUUAAAGGAUCAUCCAAAAUAGUUACUGAUUACUUCGAAUACGCUAUAAAUUCAAUAUUGUUUCAAAGAGGAAUAUACCCUAUAGAAGAUUUCAUAACGAUAAGGAAAUAUAAUCUAUCAUUAUUGGUGAGUAAUGAUCCUGAAGUUAAAACAUACAUUGCUAAUAUCAUGCUUCAGAUUAAGAAAUGGAUUUAUGGGAAAAGAAUAGCGAAAUUGGUGGUGGUGAUUAUAUCGAAAUCUACCUUGGAAAAUAUCGAAAGGUGGGAAUUCAAUAUUGACGUGUUACAAGAUGAUAAUAUUGGAAGUGGAAAUGAUACUCCUAAGUCGAAGGAUGAAACCCAACGUGAGAUCCAAUCCAUUAUUAGACAAAUCACAUCAUCAGUGUCUUAUUUACCUGUUUUAAAAGAAGAUGAUUAUUCAUUUAAUGUAUUGGUAUAUACUGAUCCAAAUAAUCCUACAAAUACUAUCCCUAUAGAAUGGUGUGAUACCAAUGGAGAUGGAAGACAUAUAGCUGGUGAUAAUGUUGAUAAGGUUGAUUUCACUUCAUUUUCUACUAAUUUACAUAAGGUGGGUACCUCGGUUAGUUAUAAAUUAGAUUAAAAUUAUAUAUGUAAAUACU